AUGACAACCUUGAAGACCAACAGUUCAAGUAAACGGACGAUAACAGUCAAGACUGAUCAAAUAUCGUCAUCACUACGCAUCCGCGACAACCAACGGCGUUCGCGAGCACGGCGCAAAGAAUAUAUCCAAGAUCUUGAGCAACGCCUACACAAGUUCGAGGUUCUGGGCGUUCAGGCGACACGAGAAGUUCAAGCUGCCGGUCGAAAAGUGGCAGUGGAGAAUACUCACCUCCGGUCGCUGCUCAGACUGCACGGUGUUUCUGACCAGGAGGUCCAAGAGUACUUGACAGCACACACAGCGAACAUUGCUCUCCCUACAUUUCACUCAGGGGCUGUACUAGAGGCGCGGUCGCCUGCGUGGAAAUCUCCAGGUCUAAAUAUAGUCUGCGAAGGUUCCUCGCAACUGAGUUCAUUGAACCGCGAGUACAAAGACUCCUUGCAUGAGAUGGCGGCUACUGAGCCUACUUCAUCGCUCUUGAGCCCAGCCAUUCAUCAACAAGUGACUAUAUCCGAGAACCAAAUCUCCGACGAGGAGCAGCAUGUUCCAGUCGACUCUCCCACUCAUGGUACCUCCAAAUCACAACCACCCAGCAGGAAUCAGAACUCAGGGCAAUCUACUCCAUGCGAAACUGCAGCCAGGAUCAUCACGUCCAUGCGAAACUACUCUGAUGCGCGGGAUGUGCGCUCGGAACUCGGGUGUCAGUCGAGUUCCAACUGCAUGGUGAGGAACAUGGAUAUCUUUCGGCUACUGGAUGAAUGA